CCUGCCAUCCGCUGUUGGAGGGCAGUUGGGAUAACUGGGUGUUCCGUCUGCAAGUCAACUUACAUUUACAUUUGUCAUUUAGCAGACGCUCUUAUCCAGAGCGACUUACAGUUAGUGAGUGCAUACAUUUUUCAUACUCACAACAUACUUACAACAUCUCACAAUGAAUGAGACCGCAGUUUCAUUCGCAAAGGAUUUCUUGGCUGGUGGAAUCUCCGCUGCCAUCGCCGAAACGGCGGUUGCGCCCAUCGAGAGAGUCAAGCUUCUCCUUCAGGUCCAACAUGCCAGCAAGCGGAUCACGAAAGAGACACAGUACAAGGGUAUCGUCGAUUGCAUUACCCGCAUUCCCAAGGAAGAGGGCUUCCUUGCCUUCUGGAGAGGUAACCUGGCCAAUGUCAUCAGAGCCUUUCCCUCCCAGGCCCUCAACUUCGCCUUCAAAGACAAGUACAAGAGUUUCUUCCUUGACGGCGUAGACAAGUCCAAGCAGUUCUGGAGGUACUUCGCUGGCAACCUGGCCUCCGGUGGCGCUGCAGGAGCCACCUCCCUUUGCUUAGUUUACCCUCUUGAUUUCACGAGAACUCGUCUGGGAGCUGACGUCGGAAAGGGUGGAAUGAGGGAGUACAAUGGUCUAGCAGACUGCUUGGUGAAGACGUUUAGGUGUGACGGUCUGAGGGGUCUGUACCAGGGUUUCACAGUGUCUGUACAAGGCAUCAUCAUCUACAGAGGUUCCUACUUCGGCAUGUAUGACACAGCUAAAGGUAUGUUGCCAGAUCCCAAGAACACUUCAAUUUUAGUGAGCUGGGCAAUUGCUCAGUCUGUAACUGCUGUGGCCGGCCUGACCGCCUACCCCUUCGACACCGUCCGUCGUCGUAUGAUGAUGCAGUCUGGCCAUAAAGGCGCUGAUAUCAUGUAUAAUGGGACCAUUGACUGCUGGAAGAGGAUUGCUCAUGAUGAGGGUGGCAAGGCCUUCUUCAAGGGAUCCUGGGCCAACAUUCUCAGAGGCACGGGUAGUGCCUUUGUGCUGGUCUUUUAUGAUGAGCUCAAUAAAGUCCUCUAAAUAAAAAAAAAACCAACAUCACUGGCAAAAUGUAAUACAACUUUUCAUGCCUAUGGACUGCAUUCUGCCUUAUUUAUUUGAACCCUGCCUUCCUACAAGCUCUGGGUAGUGAUUAUGCUCCUGCCUCAAUUAGAUAAAAGGGGACCGCCUUAAAGCUAAGCCAAAGGUUUACAAACUACAGGCCAUUAAGUACACUGAUUUUAAAUGAAGAUAUGGAUUUCUCACCAUUCCUGUAGGGUCUUAGUGGUCCCUUUGAUGACAUUUAGUGGACAUAUUGCCCUAUUGCUAUGUGUUACGUGUGACGUGUUUUUCUUUCUCCCCAUUUUCCUUUGUAGUGUGUUUGUGUGUUCUGAGCAUUACAGGUGUACUGAGUGGCGGUUGACAAUGGUGGGCGUGGCUUCAGUCUGGAGUCCUGGCAGCUGUAGCUGAUUGACAAGAGUAUAAACUGUUUGCCGUGUGAGCUCGAAGAGGGGGGGGGAGGACACUUGUUGUUUGGCUAUUUUAAUGUAUCUUUGUGUCCUCCUGAUGUACUCCACCCUACCUAGGUCCGGGAGAAGGGAAAAGGUAGAUCUGCCCAUGGGUGUACAUUCACACGUAGAUAACCCAUUGUUUUACACACUAGGUUAGCCGGGCGGGUGUCACCCCUGUAUUUUUGGUAACAGGUAGGAAAGUGGGUUAGGGCUUAGAAUGUGUUAGGAAGGAUUAGGUUUGUAGAAGAGGAGGGACCUUUUUGUUUAUUUUCAUUACUUGGACCCCGUUCCCAAACAUUCCCUUCUCUUACCUUCCUUGGUUUGUUUGAUUGGUUUUUGUUUUAUUACUGUUUCUUAAUGGGUGUUGUAUAUUUAUUUUUGGCUUAAUUACCUUACUAAACGUCCCCGAGGGCUAUCAUUGA